AUGUCGAUCUUCGAGCGGGAGGCGGGCGACGCGGUGUCGCGCCACGUCAUGGGCAUGCCGGACGCGCCGCUCGACGCGGACCCCGCCCCAGAGCUCGAGGGCGUCCCGGAGGAGCACGCUGAUGACACGUACCUCGCGCCGCCCUCGCCCGCACUCGAGGCGCCCCGGACGCAGCCCGACGCGGACCUGGAGGACGACGUAGACUACGAGGAGGGCGGAGACGACGAAUCCGACGCGGAGUCGGACGACGCGGAGCCGGGGGCGCCGUCCGAGUCCCCAGUGGAUGUUGACGAGGCACCGGCGCCGGUGCCCGCGCCUGCGGAGAGCCCGGCGCCUCCGCAGCGCGUCGCGAAGGAGAAGCGCACCAUAGCUUGCCAGACCGACGAGAUCGACGACCUGGAGAGGUACUGCGUCGACCCAGAGGCGGAAGACAGCUCCCAGGCGGCCGCGGUCUCCACACCGGACCAGGGUCCCACCGCCAGCACUCUCGACCUCGCAGCGCUGCUGAACCGCGGACCAGGCAUCGACCUGAACGCGUUCACGCGCGCCCUCACAGUCGAAGCGAGCCAGGACGCCCGCGGAGACCCCGGGGCGCCGGACACGGAGGCGGAGCUGGACCGCCUGCUGAGCGAGCUGCGGGCGCGCAGGGAGGCCCUCGCGGCGCGGACGGCGUCGGGGCGCGUCCUGGCGACCCCGCCGAGCGCCGGGGGCUCGCAGCGGACGCACGGCUCGCGCGGCAGCUCGGCGCGGCGCACGGAGGGGACGUCGCCGGCGGAGCCCGACACCCCGCGGCGCACCCUGCACGCCGGGGACGUGGGGGAGCGCGACGCGAAGGCCGCGCGGCUGGAGGAGGUCGAGGCGCGGAUCGCGGACCUCGAGGAGCGGCAGCGCGCGGCGGCGCGGGCGCGCGACGAGGAGGCGAGGCUGCGCGCGGCAGGGGUGCACUGCAACCUUCGCGCGAUGGACCGGGCGAGCCGGCGCAAGAUCAUGUCCACGGCGUCGGCGUACCUAGGCCCGGUGAGCGCGCAGGCGAAGCGCGCGCCGUCGCGGGCGGCGUCGCAGGGCGGGAUGCGGACGCCUUCCGUGAAGGGCGCGGGGGAGGGUGGCGGUGGUGCGGGGGGGUCGCGGGACCCGGCGUGGCGGCGGUUGGCGUCGCAGGGCACGGGGCACCUGAAGAAGAAGGACGCGGAGGCGCUGGGCAGCAGCGGGCGGGGCGAGGUGGCGCGGGCGCCGUCGCAGCGACCAGCGCCCGCGGGGACGUGGCGGUGA